AAAGAAGAAGGAAAAAGGGGAGAAAGAAGAAAGGAAAGGGGGUCUUGACCUUACUAUAACAACGCUCGGUUUCUCGAUAAGUGGACAAUUGAGCGUGAGCAAUUUUGUUGGGAGACUUUUGGAAGUGGACUUUGGAUAUAGUUUGAGACUAUGUCUUUUGAGUGAAAGGAAGGCUGUGUCACCCCUAUCUAUGUAGGAUUUGGGGUGUGACAAGAUGAAUAUGGAUACUUUGUUCUUUCAUUGCACCAAUUGUGGCAAUGUCGAUGAUCUUCCAAUAGACAGCCAUGCCUUUUCACCUGAUCCAUAUCAGCACCUGGGUCUUGCAAAUGAUUUCCUUUUGGAUGACCCUUUUCUAGACCUUAAAUCCUCGGAUAUUGCUUUUGUUUCAAAUAAAGUAGACCCUGCAACCAAUCUCCCAUCGAAACCGGUCGACCUCGAUAAUGGAGAUUUGAUCUUUCCCUCGACAAGCAUGAGCCUAGAUGGAGGCUCAUUUGGUCCAUCUAGGAGCUUGAGUAAGGGCCAGAGUCCAGAGAGAGAUUCUCUCUCCCCCUCGGGGGACAGUGACUCAUUGGAUCCCGUUCUAAAGUACAUAAAUCAGAUGCUUAUGGAAGAGAACAUGGAGGAACAACCGUGGGUAUUCGCCGAUCAGGUUGCUCUGCAAAAUACUGAAAAAUCAUUGUAUGAUGCCCUUGGUCAGCAGAAUUUGGAACAGUCUGAUAAGAGCCCCUCACAGGUUGAGUUAAGCCAAUAUAUCGAGAGCCCAGCUAGCAACCUUUCUGGAAGUAGCAGUGCUCACAGAAGCCGUGAUGCUACAAACGUUACUCUUAGCUCUAGUGACCUGGCCGAUGCUGAUAUUCUGUACACAAUCGGGGAACAUAGCCAUGCUGUGCUGAAAAAUCCUGACCAAAACUUCCUGUGGAAUGUGGAUUCCAAUUUGCAGUUCUUGGCCAAUUCUUCAAGCAGCAUCACCAAUUAUGAUGAUGGGUCCGAGGAAUCUUUGCAUGGGCUACUUCUCAAGAGCAUUCUCAGCACUGGAGAGUCUACGAUUCAGUUCAAGAAUGGAUUAGAGGAGGCCAGCAAAUUCCUUCUUACCAACAAUCAAUUAGCAAUUAAUCCAGAGGACAGCAAACCGUCCUCUGAAACAAAGAAAGGAACCCCAAGAACGCCCAUCGAGGAGGAGAUCCACAUGAAGAGCUCAUCUAAUGGAUUCAAGGGAUUAAAGAAUCACGAGAGGGAGGAGGAUGCUUUUGAGGAAGGCAGGGCGAAUAAGCAAACAGCUUUGUACACAGAAGAGAGUGAGCUUUCAGAUUUGUUCGAUAAGGUGUUGCUCAGCACUGAAAAUGGUCCGAGUAUGUGUUCUGGCGACAAAUCUGUGGAGACAAGGGUGACAAAAGACAUACGGCCACCAAGGAACAAGCGUGGUUCCAAUAGAGGUAGGGGCCGUGGAAAGAAGCAGAAAAGCAAGAAUACUGUUGACUUGAGAGCUCUUCUGAUUCUCUGCGCACAAGCUAUCUCUACUAGUGAUUUCAGGAGUGCUAAUGAAUUGUUGAAGCAGAUUAGAGAGGACUCUUCUCCAUUUGGGGAUGCCUCUCAAAGAUUGGCCCAUUACUUUGGCAACGGGCUGGAGGCACGAUUGGUGGGCAACAGCAUUCGGACGAAUGACUUUUUUUCUACUAUUCUUGCCAGGACAAUUUCAGCAGCCGAUUUUUUGAAAUAUUAUCACCUUAACAUUUCAACGUGCCCAUUUGUUCAGUUCUCCACGUUCUUUGCAAAUUACAUGAUUUUGAAAUUUGCAGAGAAAGCCACUACCCUUCACAUAAUAGAUUUUGGCAUUGCAUUUGGUUUUCAAUGGCCAAACCUCAUACAGAAGCUCUCUUCUCGACCAGAAGGGCCCUGUAAAUUGCGCAUCACAGGAAUAGAGCUUCCACAGGCUGGUUACCCUGCAGAAAGAAUAGAGGAGACAGGUUGCCGUUUGAAAAAGUAUUGUGAGCGUUUUGAUGUAGCUUUUGAAUUCAAUUUCAUAGCAUCAAGGGAUUGGGAAUUAAUCAAAGUUGCGGAUCUCAAGAUUCAAAGCAAUGAGACAGUUGCUGUGAAUUGUUUAGUUCGGUUUAAGAAUCUCCUUGAUGGGACAGUUGAGGACAACAAUCCACGUGAUGCUGUGUUGAAUCUAAUUCGGCAAAUUAAACCGGAUAUUUUUGUUCAUGCUGUACGUAGCGUCUCCUACACUGCGGCCUUUUUUGUGACAAGAUUCCGAGAGGCACUUUUCCAUCUCUCUGAUGCGUAUGAUUUGCUUGAUGCUACCGUUGAUUGUGACGACACAGAGAGGUUGGUCAUUGAGAGAGAGUUUUAUGGACGGGAAAUCAUGAAUGUCAUAGCAUGUGAAGGUUCGGGAAGAAUGGAGAGGCCCGAAACGUACAAGCAAUGGCAGGUCCGUCAUCUGAGGGCUGGGUUUAAGGCGCUUCCACUGGACCAAGAUUUCAUGAAGUUAUUCAGGGCUAAGAUGAAAGCAUGGUACCACAAGGAUUUUGUGCUCGAUGAAGAUGGCAACUGGAUGCUGCAAGGUUGGAGAGGCCGGAUUUUUUAUGGCUCCUCCUGUUGGGUGCCUACUUAGGAUGCUCCAAAAAGAAUGUUUUCUGUCAUGGACAUGUGGAUUACUGGGAUUGUUCCCAAGUCGACAGGUCAAGGAUUCGUAUUAAAGUGGCUCAGCACGAACUUAUUUCCGGCUCUUCUGUUGGUUGAUGUAUCUUUUACUUGCAAAUAAUUUUGAAUCUGGAAUGUUUA